GAAAGUACCUAGGAGCCCAGGAAUGGAUCUCAUAUUAUUGCGAGAGUAGGACGGAAGGAUAUCCUUUCACUGAACCUGAGUCCAGUCAGCACAAAUCAUUUCGCAGCGGGACUUACAUUUAUGAACAAGAGGGCUUCCUUAUCUGGUAAAGAUGGGGUUGCUUAUUCUAGAGGAUAAGAUGGAACAUGUUCCUGGCACCACUCGGUAUUUUGACGACCCCGAAAGACCCCAAGUCGCAAGUGCUGAAUCUGCCGGCUUGAAGUGUGAUACAUCGGGUCCUGUUCCUAUCAUUCUCGUCCCGCAACCUAGCGAUGACCCCAGGGAUCCUCUGAAUUGGCCACUGUGGAAGCGCGAUGUUAUCCUCCUUGUCCUCUCAAUCGUUUCGAUAUUCGCAACCUGUCUGGGUCCUAUCCUCGCUGCGAAUACUUUAACUCUAUCAUUACAUUUCAAUUUACCAUUUACAGAGAUUGCGAUUCUGACGGGGUACUAUCUGAUGGGCGUAGGAGCUGUUGGGAUCUUCUACAUACCUUCGGCUAGAAUAUGGGGCAAGAGACAUCAGUUUCUUCUUGGGACGGUGAUCUUGAUUUUCUCAAGUGCUUGGGGAGGUGCCUCCAAAUCUUAUGCAAGUCUAGUUUGGGCACGGAUAUUCCAAGGGAUAGGAACAGCUCCCUUUGAAGCCUUGGUCAACGCUACCGUUGGCGACAUAUAUUUCGUCCAUGAACGUGGUAAACGUAUGGCGUUGACUAACCUUGCAGUGUUUGGUGGUUGCUUCUUUACACCAAUUUUGGUUGGUAAAAUCACCCAUACAAUUGGUUGGCCAUGGUCGUUCUACUUUGUCGCUAUUUUCGUUGGAGUUUGUCUGCCACUUGUGGUUUUUUUCGUUCCCGAAACUGCAUAUGUACGGCCUCUUCAUUUGAACACCGAUCUAGCAUCUACCGACGAAAUAGACCAAUUUAUAUUGAAACCAGGCCAUGAAUUAGAACAAAUACUCCGGGGACCUAAUACGACAGAAACCAUCGUCACAGCAAAUAGUAAUGGCAGUUUGUCCCCACAUGAAAAAUCUAGAAGAACGCACACUUCAUAUGGCAGAGGCAAAUCGAAUUACAGAGGCACUCUCAUGCCAUUUAGUGGUCGCUACUCCGAUGAAAGUUUCUGGAAACUUUGCUUGCGGCCAUUUCCUCUGUUUUUUCAACCAGCAAUCUUUUGGGCCUGUCUUAUUCAGGGAGCCCUUAUCGGCUGGACCGUCUUUAUUGGAAUCAUUCUCGCGGCAAUCUUCCUUGGCCCGCCUCUUUUCUGGGAUGAAGUAAAAACUGGCUAUGCCUACACGGGUGCUUUCGUCGGCGCGAUUCUCGGUUUCAUUGUUGCGGGAGUCCUUUCUGAUUGGAGUGCCAAAUACAUGACGAGAAAAAACAACGGCAUAUACGAGCCAGAAUUUAGAAUCUUGUUGGUAAUUCCACAGUUUAUUUUUGGUUGCGCGGGACUUUAUGGAUUUGGGAUUACGGCAAAUAGACCAGUGGAUUUUGGCUGGUUUUGGCCAAUUUUCUUCUUUGGGUUGGAGGUUAUGGGAAUGGUAAUUGGAGCUGUGGCGAGUUCACUUUAUAUUGUUGAUGCACACAGGGACAUCGCUAUCGAAGCAUUUACUUGCCUUUUGAUAUUUAAGAACUUCUUCAGUUUUGGCCUCACAUGGAGUGGAUACGAGUGGCUUGUCAAGAAUGGUGUCUAUGAUACUUUUAUGAUAGUCUCGAGUAUUCAGGUUGGUAUUUGCUUGCUCAGUGUUCCAAUGUAUAUAUUCGGGAAGCGGAAUCGGGCGUUCUUUCACAAGCAUGACAUUCUUGGACUUUUGGGCUUAAGGUGAACAGUACGAAGUUUAAUAUCUGGGUCUGUAAGAACAGGGCAAAUUAAUGUCUUGGGUGUUUAAUCUUAGUUUGAGUUGGCUGACGGAUACUUGGCAAUUUGGUUAAGUGCGGCCUGCCAAUAAAUCCUAACAUGCCAGUCUGCUCUAUGUUUUAGGGAUGCCAUUGAGAAAAACUCAAGCCUCUUACUGAAUCUAUCCAUAUCAAGGAAGGAGUCCUGUUGAAAAGAUUAAACUUAGUAGAAAAAGUAUUCGUGUCACUAGUUUGGAACUACACCUCUGACAAAUUUUACACAUUUAUCUUCCUGCA